CGGCAUUUCAUCCCAGGGACGAACUACCGCCCCCAAAUCGUGGAUGGAUCGUCGCCAGGAAACCUUGAAACUCGGUGCACAACAUUAUUAGGAUUGAACUCUGAAACGGCCCCUUGGUUCCCAGCAACCGCGAACCGCGUAUUAUUAUUAUUAUUGUAUCACCAGUAUCCAAUCUUACUUUUUGCUUAUAACUCUGAUUCUUUUCCAUUCCCUCCAUUCCCCCUUCCUCCCCCCCGCUAAACCCCACAUUUUAUUUCUUCUUUUGAUCUUUUAUCUUCGGAAGCAUAACUAAAAAUCCAUCAACCAGGAGUUUUGGGCCGUGCCAGAAGCUUAAGCUAAAUCGAUCACUAAUCCAUAGAUAGUCAUAAUCAUGUCAUCGCCAGAGACGCGACAGAAACGUCUCAUCCGCCUCACUCCGCUGUCAUUGUCUGAGCUUCCAUCUCACCCGGCGCUCGCGGAGCGACCGCGACAGAAUGGCGAGAGUAAUAAUAACAAUAAUAACACAACUACAACUACAACAACGCGCCCACCUCUUGCUGCGUUUAUCAAACAGGCGCUCGACGAAGCGCAGACUCUUCUAUCCGAUACAAUCCCGCUGACCUUCAAAGUCGACAAGAAGCUGCGCUCCUCGCCGCCUUCGAACGCGAAGGUCCAGCUCUCGUCGCGGGUGAUACCCGUCUCAACGGAAACGGGAGCGAAGGGCGACAAGCGCAAGACUCCCGAUGAGGAAGAGUACUGGGUGUGUCGAAAAAGCAUCCAUGUCGACGCGCCUGAGGAAGGGACGGCGUCGUGGAAGGAGUUUGAGAAUGGGUUGAGGUUCGAUCAUUCGCAGCAUGAGAUGGAGUAUACGCCCAGUGUGUCGAGCGUGGUCACGUUGUUGGAGUGGAAGGAUAUCGAUCUAGGACAGCAGACAAGUGGUAGUGGUUGGAGUGGGGUUGAGAUGCAUGUAAAUAUGAUCACCCAUACAUUUCACCCUUCGAUCCUAAUCUCCCCACGAACAUUCACCACAUGCGUCAUCUCCGCGUUCCGCUCCGAUUCCACGAGGAACAACGACAUUUCUGACGGCGCAUCUUCCCACGACGGACUCGAUCCCGAAGAGAAGGAAUUCGUCACGAUCCAAAUCCCCAUUGAACCACCCUCGAAUCCCUCCUCGGAAAUUACCGACGCUGCCAUCGUCUCCAAGUUCGUCUCCACGCCUCCAAAGAACACCAUCUUCGCCAACUACGCCAGUGUCGAGCGGGUCCUCUCACUGCCUUCCAACAUCAACAUCAUCAAGAGCCCGCGCCCUAGCGCUGACGUCUCUCGCAGCCGCGCCGGAUCCAUGUUCAGUUCCCGGCCGUCUAUCUCAAACACUACUAGGCCCAUCUCCGCAGCUGGAUCGGCCCAGCCGACGUCAAAUCCCCGCUCGGCGAUCAUCGAAUGGACAAUGGCAACCACGUCAGAUGCCGGCGGGCUCAUCCCUUCCUGGGUCCAACGGAGCUGGACGAUGGGCGGGGUGCCGAAGGCCGUGGUGGCGGAUGUGGGGUUAUUCUUGGGAUGGGUUGCGAGGAAGAGACAGGAGGAAGAAUUGCGGGAGUUGUGAUGAAUACCGUAAUAAUAAAAUCGCCAGAACGCAGUACCAUAAAGUGGCUAAUAAUAAUAUGUUUUCAAUAUUAUCUUAUCAUCUGACCCAUCGUCACAUACACCCAAUCUAUAACUACCAUACAUGUAUAUACUACUCUAUAAAAAACACCAUCCCUUCCCCAGACCUAGUCAGCCAACCAGCCAACUAAGCAACUAAGUAAACGAACCUAAAUAGUUAACCGUCUUUUACUCCAUAAUAAUACAUAGAUCGAUUAGUAGUAGUGAAGUAAAGACUCAACCCCGCCCUUGUAAAAAAAAAGUGAGGCUGGCAAACUGGGG